AUGUCGGUCCAGGCGGACCCGGUUCAGCACAAGAUCCACCAGGACUGGGCCAACCGCGAGUACAUUGAGGUGACAACCAGCUCCAUUAAGAAGAUCGCGGACUUCCUCAAUUCCUUCGACAUGUCCUGCCGCUCGCACCUGGCCAUGCUCAACGAGAAGCUGACGGUGCUGGAGAGGUGGAUCGGAUACAUCGAGACCCGGGUAACAAAAGGUGAAACGCUGACAUAG